GGGGGUAGGAAGCAAGAUAAUGGCGAUGUAAUGACUUUAUAUACAAUAGAGAUGUUAUUUGAAUGCCCUUCAGUGCUUUGUGAGCCUUCCUGGUGGUGUGGUGGUGCGCAGUGGUGGUGAGUGGUGGUGUUGAGUGGUGGUGGUGCACUUUUGACGCAUAAUUCACGCUGAUUUUAUUGAUUUUUAAGAGAAUAAGUGUAAUGUGCUUUCAAUUUUCCCGCCAUCUUGAAAUCAGCUGGUCUGUGUUUGGACCCAGACCGAGACCCAGACCACGAGCCACUUCUCUUCACCUCUCCUCAUAUUUGACCUUCUUUUACGACACUGAGGCCUCGUAGGACACUCUGCGGGGAGGAUACGACACUCGAAUCAUUAAGAUGGAUGAGGAGGGGGUGGAGGAGACAGGAGGUGGAGGGAGCAGAGGGGAGCGCCACCCCCCUGCCACGCCCCCUACUGUCACCACACUAAGAGAAAAUUUAGCCAAUCUUCUUGAGUUAAAGAAAGUCCACGAGGAGAGGCUAGAGUGUGUUCGAGAAGAGAUUUUGAAGCUUCAGAAAUUUAAGAAGGAUUACGAACUGCUUUUUAAGAGACUCAAGACACUCCCAGAGAAGAUCAGACAUGAGGUGAUGGUGCCCCUGGGAAGCCUAGCGGUGAUGCCUGGCCAGCUGAUCCACACCAAUGAGGUCCUGGUGCUGCUUGGUGACAAUUGGUUUGCCGAGAGGAGUGCAAAACAGGCUUCCGAGAUUGUCAAAAGGAGGAUCAAGGACUGCGAGGAGAAGAUCCAAACCUGCGAGGAGACCCAGAAGAUUCACUUAGGGUGGCUGAGGGAGGCGGAGGAGGUGCUGCAGGGUGAGCAGGGUGAGCAGGUAGAGAUUAUUGAAGAAAUGACAGAAGAGGAGUAUCAACGCAGCCAGGAGGAGCACCGGCGCAGGGUGAAGGAACAGUACAGGCAGCUGAGCGAGGCAUCACCCUGUCACCCCACCCACCCUGCUCAACCUCCCGACACCCUGCCUGGCCCCCUCCCCCCCGAACAUCACCCUAGCUAUGUGGACACCCUAGCAGAGAGAGAGAGGGAGAGCUAUGAAGAAUUAAUGAGAAGAUUAGACCAGUUGGAAUUGGAGGAGUUAGGAGAAGGAAUGGAAGCUUUAGAAGAGGAGGAGGAGGAGGAGGAAGAGGAAGAAGAAAGAGAGGAGGAGGAGGAAGAUGAGGAGGAGCUCUUCAGUAUAGCACCCACACACACACCAACAGAAAAACCCAAACACCGCCUUCGUUUACACAGCGCAGAGGCCUUGGGGAGCAGGGGGGGUGACGAGGAUGGGGGGCACACACCAGAGACCCCCACAGACGAUGACACAGGCCCCCACAGCACCCCCACCCCCCGUAGACGCUUAAAACGGCGGGUCAGCUGGGCAGAUGACGUGCGACCCCUCUACACAAUAAUUCCAGACAACAACAGUAAGGAAACACACCAUAUCUCAUACACCAGUGGCACCCCCGCCCCCCCUGGCCUUGAGACAGCCCCCCCAGCCCCCCCGUCUCUCCUCGGACCACUACCGCCUGCAGGAGUCACCCGGGGCGGCCUAGAAGGGGUCAAAAGCCCCUCGGAUAUUUUUAAGGUGUUCGGCAGAGGGAGUGUGUCAUUUGAGGAGAAGGGUGUGUCUCCGCCGCCGCCGCUGCUGCUGCCGCUGCCGCAGUUCAAGAGUAUUUUGAAGAAGUCUGUGUCCUUGCCCAUUGAUGGAAGCAGUCAUGGCGAAGAGGAAGAGGAGGAAGGGGUGAGGCUGAAGGAGGAGGAGACUCCGCCUCCACCACCAUCACCACCUCUCAGGAAAUCUCUCUCUUUAAAGCCAGCAUUCUCCUACCGAGUAUUAGAGAGAAAGGGAGCCAUCUCUACUACUACUACUACUACUACUGCUACUACUACUGCUACCACCACCGCACCACCACCACCGCCACCACCAAGAUUUCAAAGUUUAAAGCUUCUAGAAUGAAGAAGUAGAACACUCUCUCUCUCUCUCUCUCUCUCUCUCUCUCUCUCUCUCUCUCUCUCUCUCUCUCUCUCUCUCUCUCUCUCUCUCUCUCU